GAAGCGGACGAUCCUGGAGGCGCGGCGAGGCGCACCAUCGGCGAGCACUUGUGCGGGGACUCGGGGUACUCGAUCGAAAAAUGUGCCUUGCCCCGUGUACGUACGCGACGUCUCCACGCACCCCUGCCCGCUGAAACCCGCGGCCGGAGUUGCGAGCCCACGGGGACCAGGAACGCGGCGCGAGGUUAGGACGGCCCUCGAGCGGCGCCCACCGUCCGGAGGAAAGAGGACACCCUUCGGAGCGAGCCGAGCUGCAGAUGGUCGACGAGCCGAGCUCGUCCGAUUCCCAUUGAUCGUAUUUAUAGUGCACCCUCGGUUUAUUUUUACGUCCGGGUCCGAUUGGAAAAACGAUGUUCCCGUCCGCCGGCUGAAGGAACACUGCCUUUUCAUCCUGCGAUUCCCUUUCGAGGCCUACGUCCUAUACCCCCGAUGCGAAGAAUCGACACUUGGAAGAGGACUCUGAAUUUGGGUUUCUAAUUCGGAGCAUUUGCUGGUUUAUUUUUAUGUAUCGACCCGAUUGGAAAAACAAUGCGCCUGUUAGCUAGCUGAAGGAGAGGUACCUUUCCCCACAGUUCCAUCCUAUCUCCUGAAAUCCCUGUAUGCUUGGGCAGUGGUGUGUCUGCCUGUGGGGUGACAAAGCACGUCUCACUGGGGCGAAAGCAUCAUUCUUAAAUCUGAAAAAUAUAAGGUACGAGACCUUACGAUGGAAUCUUCGAUAGCAGGACGAAGGCGAGCUGCAACCAGACAUUCCGCUGAGGACCAGGCUCUCGACCAAAUCGCCAAGGAGGCCGAAGCGAGAUUAGCAGCCCGAAGACAGGCUCGAGCCGAAGCAAGAGAGAUUCGAAUGCGCGAACUGGAAAGACAACAAAAGGAGGCCGAGGAGAAUGCAGACAGAGUUUAUGAUAUGUGUGCAGCCGAUGCUACCAGGACGAUGAGGGUAACGCCGGACCCGGUGAGGACUUCUCGUCUGCUCACGAAUUCCAACAACUUCCAAUCGAGUCGAAGGUCCUCCGAAGACUCUCUGGAGGAUGCCGGAGUGAACAGGGAUCUUCGACUGGAGCUGAAGGAGUUGGAGGAGAAGUUCAGGAAGGCGAUGAUAGCCAACGCCCAGCUGGACAACGAGAAGUCUUCCUACGCCUACCAGGUCGACCUAUUGAAGGAUAAACUUGAAGAGCUGGAGGAGACCGUGGCUCAGCUUCGACGAGAGCUCAGGGAAAAGAACCGAGAGGCCGACCAGGCGAAGAGGCUCAGCCAACGCCUCAAGGAGGACCUCGACAUCUGCAGGGCACAGUUGCUCGAAAGGGACACGCUUAUUCAAGAGAAUGGCCUGGUCAUCGUGGAGGACGAGGGAAGUGAGCCGGAUGAAAGCGCGGAACAGAACGGACCUCACGUGAGAAGGAGAGUUCUAGUCAGUACGGAAGCUGCGGAACUGCUGCAAAACGCUGGGGAGGGCUCGUUAGACGUUCGACUGAGGAAGUUCGCCUCGGAGAAGAAGGAGCUCCAGGAUGAGAUCCGGCAUUUGAGGCUGGAGCUGGAGGAGGCGAGGAACCGCACGAGGCCGGAGAGAUCACCAGGGGGCUUGAUCGACUCCGAGGACAUCCAGAGGGAGGCCAACAAGCACCUGGCCGACUACAAGUUCAAGCUGCAGAAGGCAGAGCAGGACAUGUCCACCCUGCAGGCCACGGUGGCUAGGCUGGAGAGUCAGGUGAUCCGCUACAAAUCGGCCGCCGAAGCCUCGGAGAAGGCCGAGGACGAGCUCAAAGUCGAGAAGAGGAAGCUGCAGAGAGAGUCUUUCAAGGCCAAGAAGAGAAAACUACAGACGCGAUCGUUCUCGCUGGGUUUAGUCACGAAGACGCUAGAAAAUCAAAACAUUUUGGCAUUGAAAAUCGAAAUUUCAAGGUCGGGGAAGAGAAAGCCGCAGAAGAGAGCGGUGCUCUUUCUUUCUCUUCGGGGUGCGGGAGUCGCAGGGCCGAGUGGAAGAGCUCGAGACGGCGAAUUCGCAUCUGCAACGGCGUCUGGACAAGCUGAAGAAUGCGAAGUCGGCCCUGCUGAAGGAGCUCUGACGGGAGGACGGCACUGGCUCGGGAUUCGCGAGCGAGGUGGAGGAGCGCCGGAAAAAGGGCUCCUAGCCUUAACGUUAAUUAAGAAGUUAUCACGGAUUCCAGGCCGAUUAACCACCGAGCGAGCCCAGGCCUCGAGAGACCUUGGACCUGGACACCGAUACAUUAUCAACUAGAGUUAAUAAACUCUGCUCUAAACAUUCUUGUUCGAGGGGCUAUUCACUUAGAAAUCGGUGAAAACGUUUUCCUUCUUUGAGAGCCGAUCGCCUUUGAUAUCAAUUGAUAAACAAUACGAUUCGGUAACAAGGGACGUUCGGUCUUUAAAUUGUGACAGCGUUCGGUGAUUUCCAAAGACUCCCCCCCAGUGAUUUCUGGGACCCGAUUCUGCAAUUCAUGCGGAUGUUUUCGCAUAGGGAUAGAUUUGCAUGAAGAAUUUUUCAUUGUUGCGAAGUCGCGUUAUUGGUCAACAUUUGAAAAUCUUGUAUGAAACUAUCAAUUUCGCGUGCGAAUGUUGAUCGCAUGAACUCGAGAAUCGGGUUCAUAGCUUGCGAUCUUUAGCUGGGGGUCGAUUCCGUAUCUCUGGCGGGAGUGCUCGCUUCUCGCGCUGUCAUCUCACGUGAGUUUGUUCUCUCCGCUUCUUCUAGUGAAAAUGUGAGAUCCUGGACUGAAAGAACUCGGUCCGGGAUCUUGGAGUUUCUGGUCGAGUGGUCUCACGCGAAGUAGCUCGCAUUUUUACCAAAGUGAGAACUACAAAAUCGUGCGAGGUGCUCCUUUGUAGGAUUUUCACUAGAUUCGAGUUAUAGAGUCGGUCCCCUGAUUUACACGUGAUUUAAAGCGUUAAAAUACAUGAUUUUCUGAGUGAAUAUCCUGUCGCUCUUAGUCGGUAACCGAAGGACGCUCGUCCUUCCCGAUUUAAUGAUAUCGGCGAAAUUAAUUACUAAAAUCAGUACAUGGCGAUAUGUCAAAUCUCGAGUUUCCGAAUUCACCUAAAAAGAGUGUUCAAAAUAGUUUUCAUGUAUACUCGACUUGCGUUUUUUUUUUUAACCAAUUUUUAUGGAAUCUUUAAAUGUAGCAUGUAUUGACGUUAAGGCUGGGUUUAACAUCAUGUAACGUGAUUUUUAAGUGGUAUGAGUACAUUGUUUAAACUCUUUAGUUACGAAACCCUGCUAGUGGCCUCCGCCUGAUCGAUAGUUUUUUUGAGAAAUUAUUAUAUACAAUAUUAACUGUGGCCCAGUUACUCAUACAUGUGAUAUGUACAUCUCCAUCGUAAUUAAAGGGUGCGUUUUUGUGUCGGAAUACAUCAUGAUGUCAAUAUGGUACGUUUAAAUUUUCAUAAAAAUUCGUUGGAAAAUGGAAAAGUUAUUCGAGCCUGAAUAAGGAAUCUUAAAAAGGACACCCUGUAUAUCUGUACCGUAGAGGUAAAGAGCAGUAAGCUUAUUUUUGGAAACUUCCAAAAAACCUUUACUACGAGACAAAAUCAAAAUCGGAUAGUGUAAAAAAAUAAUAACUGUAUAUUAACAAAAUGUGGACUUCAAGUUGUUUACCUCUACGGUGCAGAUAUGAAUAUGUUCAUGCUUUUCCUUUUUCAGUUCGUGACUCAGUUAAUACCUUUUAAACGCUUAAUUAGUGUAGCAAUUCAAGAGAAACGCAAGUGUACAUUAAUUCCUGGUUGGAAGGAAUUUGCAAAUGUAUCGAAACGAAUUUAGAAUGAGUUUCAUUCGCAUCGGUGUCCAGGUCUGUGCUCUCCUUGCUCGGACACAACUCCUUCUAGGCGCCGUACUACGUCUCGUUCUGAUUAAUACAAGCAACAAGUGGUCUAACUUAAUUCUUUUGUAAUUAUUAUCUUAAUUAUUAUUAUUAUUAAUUAACUUAUACCAAGAUUAUUGUAUUUUAACUGGUGAUUUACGUUUACCCCCUUUUUUUCUUUUUUUCUUAGACCGAUUCUCGAUUUUUGUUUUUUCUUCCUUCUUCAUUUUACUUUCGUUUCAUCUUCCGCGUACGUUUCGCAGGAUGUACAAAGUCGACCGAUCGCAAAGAGAUUUUGUUACAGCUCUUCGGAGUGCACUUCGAAGAGAGAUGGAAAUUGGCAAGCGAAUUGGUUUAGUUGGAUGGGAUUUAAUUUGCUUUUUCCUUUUCUUUUUGAAGCCCCAGUGAAUUGGCCUGUGGUAGAGAGUUGGCGUGGAUAGGGAGUUAACAAUUGUACAUACAUUAAUGCAUUUAUAUAUUGCGUGGAACUGAGCAAUUGCCAAUUGUUUUCUUUCUUUUUUUUUUCUUUCUUCCAAAAGCUGGGAUUAAUGUAAGAUGAAUGUCCGAGAGGCCGACAACUCAUUUCCUUAAUCAAAUCCAAUACUUUGGGUAUUGUUGCAUCUAUCGCGCAGAGUUGAAAGUCAAUAAUGCUUAAUUAAUGUUAAAUUAAUUCUAUCAACUGAAUGAUGGCACGAUUAGUUUUGAUUGAAUGUUGAAGCGAAUAGUCGUAAGUAGUGUUCGAGGAACACUGAUUACAAUUUUAUUGCACAAGUGUGCAUCACUUCUGUGUACCAAACCUGUAAUUGUAUUGCUCGAGGUGAAAUGAAACAUGUCGAGAAAUUUGA